AUGCAUCCUGCGAGGGGGGCCCGUGAGAGUAGUAUUUUGUUACCAAUUAGCCAGGAGUUAUCAUCUAUCUCCCUGAUCGACUCUCGUACAGGAUUGUUAGCCAUUGGGGAUAAAAGACUUCAAUGUUUUACUGUACACUGUUUCGUUAUGAGGGCAGGAUCCUCAAUCGUGGGUGAAGGUCGACGGUUGCCUGGCCCUGUUUAUCUCCUCCAGCUUCCCAAGUCAGGUACCAGCAGCUACCCUGGCUUGGGCGGGUAG